CUAUUCUCAAAAUUAAAACUUACUGCGACUGACUAUAAGUAGACCGACCAAAGUUGGGUAACUUUGGAAGUUGGAAGCCCGGUGCCUGUGCCUGCCUGCAACUCAGAGCCAAACGACACCUAAUCGGAUGAUGCGGUGGAUGCUGACCCAGUGACCCCCCCUAGUCCCUACUCCUAAAUAAAGAACACUGUUGCUCUCUCUCCCUCCUUCCUUUUUUCCACUCUCAGCCUUACCCUCCCCGCCUAUCUUCUUUCUUCCUCCUCUUCUUCUUAUUCUUCUGUUCGAGUUUGUGUGUUUGGAAGGUUUAGAGAUAGAGGGAGAUGGGGAAUUGCCAGGCCAUAGAUGCAGCAACAUUGGUUAUACAGCAUCCUGGUGGGAGAGUAGAGAGAUUGUAUUGGCCGGUGACCGCCAGUGAGGUCAUGAGAAUGAACCCGGGUCACUACGUUGCUCUCAUAGUCACACUGUGUCUCCCGGAGAAGGAGGAGAAGCGUGACGACGCCGUCCGUAUUACGCGUGUUAAAGUACUCCGCCCUACUGAUACUCUUGUUCUUGGUCAAGCCUAUAGACUCAUCACCUCUGAAGAGGUUAUGAAAGGGCUCUGGGCUAAAAGGUAUGCAAACAUGAAGAAGAGCCAGACGGAAUCCGUCCAAAGGCAACCAAGAACGACAAACUCAAACUUGCACGGAUUAGGAUCUGAAAUAAGAGAAAGGAAGAGCGAUUUACAGAAUAGUAGUCAGGCAGCCAGACAUGAAAGACACCGACCAAGAACAGGGACAGCAUCUACGCCAUCCACUUCCACUUCUGCAAGUGCAAAGUCAAGACCAUGGAGGCCCUCCUUACAGAGCAUAGCCGAAGCCGGUAGCUGAUGAUGCUUUCAGUCCAUUACAAUAGUCGGAACAACCAGAAAACGGAUUAAAAUAGGCUUCUCAACCAGAUAUAAAUGCAUCCAGAACGGACUUCUCAAACAUGGGAAAAAAUAAUUAGUAUUUAUGUCUUUAAAGGUGGGAGUGCCGUGUGUUUGCUGGGUGAUCCCAAAACUACCCUCAAGCACAGAUCCCAGUUUUUCACUGUAUCAGAGUAAUACAGCUACAGCCCUUGUAUAGCCAAGCCAAGAAAAGAGCCGAUGCAUUCCAACUUUGAUGUAUUCACUAUGUUUUUGGAAGGAAAUUAGAUCUGCAUGUAUGAAACUUAUCUGAAUCGGAAAUAUAAUCAUGGGUGCACAGAAGUUCAAGAGUUCCCAGCAAUUAUCAACGUUUGAGCCUGGAGAAGAGCUGCAUAAAGGUGCCCCUGGCAGCUUCUUCUCCUGGAGUGCACUUAACUAUCAACGUUCGAGCCUAGAGAAUUAAUCAAUAUCUGCAUCUCAAACCCACACCCAGAUAGUUGGUGGCAGAGACUCUUUUUGACAUGCUUAAUCUAAUAUACGAUCCUGUAGAAAAGGUUUGAAGUUUUGAGUAUCAAUUGUUGUAACCUUGUAUGUGCAAAAUCCAAGAGCUUGGAAGUGUUUGUCCAAGCAAAGCAACAGAAGUGAAAGCCAGUGAUGGAUCAACAGUGUUA